AUGAAUCGAAUUUAUCUCAAAGACAUUGUUCAGAUUACCGCUCGCAGAGGGCAAUAUUAUCUUCUUUUCAAAACCUCACAUUCGGAAUGGGAACCGAAUAAUUGUUUAUAUUUUCUACAGUUUAAAGCAACCAAGCCCAAUGGUAUGAAAUUGCCGGAGCCGUUACAUAAGCCUCGCGGUUUUCCUUCAGAAAAAAAGGAACACAUUUUAAAAGUGUUAAAUACAAUAAUGCCUGAAAACAGAAAAGAUUUUUGGCGAAAUAUACCUGCUAGAACUGAUUCUAGUGUGGGGUACACGUGUACUUUUCGUAAACGUUUGGUGUUCUGUGAAGUUUUGUGGGUUGUGAAAGACAUUAUGGCAGAAGAGUUGGCAAAGUCUCUAGGAGCAAUUGCAUCGAUUUUGGAAAAUCUACAGAGGAAGGUGGAUGACAAUGGAACGCAAUCUUCAGCUGCUGUUAAUCCAAAAAACUCCUAUUUCGUUGGCCUUGCCCAGUUUUGA